AACCUUAUAGCUACGUCGAACUCUUUGCUUUAAAUUAAUUGCACUUAUGUUAAUCGAGCCUUGGUGCAUUAGUUUGUAAACGAUCGAGAAAUUGAGUUUUAGAAGAAAAAAAAAAAAAAAAAAAAAAAAAAAAAAGAAAGAAAAGAAAUGUUAUUUAAUGCGGCACUUCGUGCGUGCCCUACUUGGCUCGAAAAUCAACUCGUUUCAGUGUACUUCAGGGCACGAAGUAUUGCUACAAAUGGUUUUCAUGGUUUACAUAGUACUGCAGUGUUAAUAGAACAACCAGAUAUGAAGGUCCAAAUAUUACCUGCACUUCAAGAUAACUAUAUGUAUCUUAUUAUCGAUGAGAAAUCAAAAGAUGCUGCCAUAGUAGAUCCUGUUGAUCCAGAUUUAGUUGCUUCUGCGGUUAAAGAUAAUAAUGUCAAUCUUAAAAAGAUUUUAACAACUCAUCAUCAUUGGGAUCAUGCUGGAGGCAAUGAGAAAAUGGUUAAAAAAUUUGAAAAUUUACAAGUAUAUGGUGGAGAUGAUAGAGUAGGAGCUCUCAAUUGCAAAGUACAACAUAAUGAUACUUUUAAUAUUGGAAAUUUAAAUGUUCGUUGUCUUGCAACACCAUGUCAUACAACUGGACAUAUUUGUUAUUACAUAACAGGAGAGGGAGAUACUCCAGCAGUAUUCACUGGUGAUACAUUAUUCGUGGGUGGUUGUGGUAGAUUUUUUGAAGGAACUGCUGAUCAGAUGUAUAAAGCACUUAUUGACAUUCUGGGUAAAUUACCAGAUGAGACGAAAGUAUAUUGUGGACAUGAAUAUACUGGUACUAAUUUGAAAUUUGGUAUCCUCGUUGAACCAAACAAUGAAGCUAUUCGUCAAAAGAUGGAAUGGGCUCAUUUACAGCGUGAAAAGAAUUGCCCAACUAUACCUAGCACAAUAGAAAAUGAGAAACUAACAAAUCCAUUUAUGCGUGUGCAUGAACAAUCUGUGAUGGAACAUGCUAAAGAAAAUGAUCCUAUAAAAACAAUGGCAUAUCUGCGAAGGAAGAAGGAUAAUUUUAAGGCGUAAUAUGCUUCCUAAAAUAUUGUUUUCUUGUUUUCAAUAAUUUUUCAUAGGUUUAUAUAUGUGGAUUACUACUUCCUAAAAAAAAAGGGCAGAAAAAGGGUUUGUGUUUUUAUACAUAAUAUUAUAUUCGAAUAUGCUGUACAAUUACAUAUAGUCAUAGAUACAAACGCACAAUUACAGAUAAUAUAUAUACAGUGGAAAUUUAUUAAAGUAAACACUACGUUGUAUUUAAAGACAUUUGACUUGGUGCA